AGCGGACCACUGGGCAUGGCGCACCGGAUUGAAAGUCUGUGUGCAUGUGGGGCCCCUUAAAGAGGUGUGCACAGACUUUCUCCGUUGAAGAAUCAGCGAGAUGAAGAGCAGCGCCAACCCGGCACCAUGCGCUCCAGGCUCCCACGGACCGCCUGCCUAUUGCGACUCAUUGCACUCUGCAUCCUUCUCUCGCACACUGCAGCUUAUUUUGGGCUGACAGGUCGGGAACCCUUGGUGUUUUUACCGGGUCCGUUUUCCAAUGAACCUCCGACAGGCAAGGCCCACCUGAAGCAGUGCGAACAGAUGACUCUGACCAGGCGGCAGAAGAGACUGUGUCGCAGGGAGCCUGGUUUGGCCGAGACGCUGCGGGAGUCGGUGCGCCUCAGCCUCCUGGAGUGUCGCUAUCAGUUCAGGAAUGAGCGCUGGAACUGCAGUCUGGACGGCCGGGGAAGUCUUCUUAAAAGAGCAUUCAAGGAGACUGCCUUCCUGCUGGCAGUGUCGUCUGCGGCGCUGACCCAUGCACUCGCCAAAGCGUGCAGCUCAGGCCGAAUGGAGAGGUGCACAUGUGAUGACUCCCCCGGCAUCCAGCAUCGAGAAGCGUGGCAGUGGGGGGUCUGCGGUGACAACCUGAAAUAUAGCACCAAGUUUCUCAAGAAGUUCCUGGGCCAAAAGAGGGUCAGCAAGGACCUGAGGGCUCAGGUUGACGCCCACAACAUCAACGUUGGAAUUCGGGCAGUGAAGAGUGGGCUGAAAACAACUUGCAAGUGUCACGGUGUCUCCGGCUCUUGUGCCAUACGAACUUGCUGGAAGCAGCUGUCUCCUUUCCAUGACACUGGACGGCUGCUGAAGUAUCGAUAUGACACUGCAGUGCGAGUGCUGAGUGUCACCAACGCAGCCACCGGGGAGACAGAGCUUGCAGGCCCCCGUCGCCACGGCCAGAGCCUUCGCACCACUGACCUGGUCUACCUGGAAGACUCCCCCAGCUUCUGCAGACCCUCCCGCUACUCCCCGGGUACAGGUGGCCGGUCAUGUGCCAAAGACACCAGUUGUCAGAGUCUGUGCUGCGGACGUGGUUACAACACAGCCAUGCGCCUCACCAGCCUGUCUUGCCACUGCCAGGUACGCUGGUGCUGCCACGUGGAGUGUCAGACAUGUGUGAGAGAGGAGGAGGUCUACACCUGCAAAAACGCAUAAAAAGUGAUGAGAAAUGCAGUAUGCAAAGACUUGCAAAAAAACUAAAGAAUGAUCCAUUGAGUCAGUGGAAAAAUGUGAGAGACCAAAAGUUCAUCAUUGAUCUGACAUACUGACAUGGCUGAACUAUAAGCUCCAAUAGACAAUUCACUGAGGGAUCUCACAGCAGUGCAUGUCUUUGCAGAUCUCCAUUCUGACCCGCAUGUUAUUUGGUGAGGAAUACACGCUUGUAACAUUAUAAUAUUGCUGGUUAUUUGCUAAUCAUCACCGAUUUUAUAUGCAGCAGCUUACUGUAGUUGAAGAUGUUUUCAAACCACUCUGCUUUUCUCUUGCUGGAUGCACUGAAUGGGUCCCUCUGGGACGGAGGGAAACGAGCUCUUAAAACAGGUACUGGACUGGACUGGAUGUCACCAGCAGUACGACAUCAAACCCUGUCUGCAGGGGAGCUCUGACAGUGACUUUGUUGUAUUGUAAUUGCAUUGGCCCCUUCCACUUGACUAUUUAUUGUAUCAGUCAUUGUGUCUGUUGUACUGCUGCUUUAUACUUUAACCUUAACAGCGAGUGUUGCCACUGAGGCCAAAAUGGCCUUAAAAGGAAUCCACCUGUCUGUCUUUCUGUCUGCUGUGGAGAAAUUUUAGGUGUUCAUUUCUGAUUAAAAAGCACUUAAGUUGCUCUUGCUACAUAUGAUACAAGUGUAUAAUUAAUCAUAGAAGUUAGAAAAACUGUUUAUAUGUUAAAACAGAAUCACUGGAAGCUUUGGGAGGUGAUUGAUGCCACUGAUAUACAACUACAUGCAUUAACAGGGUUAUUGUGUAAAGAAACGCUGGGUUUCAGUUGCUGUUAUGGAAAUGUCUAUGGAAAUGUAGCCUAAUGUGGGCUCAACAGAACAAAGGGAAACACCCGAGGUAAUAGUAAGGGAGACGCCAAACACUGUCUUUGAAAAACAAAAAAUGAAAAACACUUAAAAUUCUGAACAUACCAGCCCUCCUCUUGUAUUUUUUCUAUUUAUAGAAGCACACACUAUGCUAUACUUCCAAGUUUAAAAUUGCCUGACUGAACCAUUUGGUCUUCAAAGUCUAAUUUAGCCACAUCUUUGUUCUAAAUGCCUUUGAAGUGGACUUAAUCAUGCUCCUUAUUUUCACAAAUUGCUAAUCAAAGAAAAUCACCAUGUUUACUCCUUUAUCCUUACAUCCAACACAACUCUUAUGUGUCCAUGUGUGCAGGUCAAAAGUGCACAUCAGACCCAAAAGGUUUAUUUUAUUGGCCAGUUUAUGUUUUGUUUGAGUGAUUCUGAACUGUAUAUAUUAUAUGAAUAUGUCAUGUCAGAGCUCCAGGCGUAUGACAAUGUGGAAUCGUAAUUUUCUACCUCACUUCAUCUUUUGGCAAAUAUCAGUAAGAUUUAUGAGCUAUGCAGAGUUAUGUCCUAUCCUUUAGAUCAUAUGUACAGUUCUUUUGAAUUUGGUGAUACAUAUCUCCAUAUUUCAAAAGUUUAUGUUUUUUUUAAUCUUUUUGCAUUACAUUCUUAUUUAAAAUAAAUAAGAUUAAUAAAUGGACAUACAUUUGUAAGA